AUGAGGCCAUCAACAAUUCUUUUGGUCGUUGCCACAAUUGCCUUGACGUUUUCGGGAGCUGACGCGUCCCUCGAAGAAAUCUGCAGGGCAGCAUGUGACCAAGAUGCGCGUGUCAACUAUGAUUUCUGCGUGCAAGAGCUAGCAAAUCACCGUUGGGACCUCCACGCAGACGCAUGGGACCUGGCAAUGCAGGCGGCCGACUGUGGCGUCGGCAAUGCUGACCGAGCCAUUGAAGAAAUCCAGGGCCUGCUAGUAAAGCAAGAAACAGAUGCGAAGACAAGGUAUGCACUCAUGCAGUGUGAUGAGUUAUACAGGAGCAUGAAGAUUUCAUUCGCCUAUGCCCAUGAUUGGAUCAAUGAACGCAAUUAUGCCGAGGGGAAGGAGGAGGCAGAAGAGGCCAUCUCUCAAGCACACAAGUGUGAUGAUGUCUUUGCGAAAGCUGCCAUCACAACGCCUCUCACGCAGCAUAGCUUGUACUCUGUUCAAAUAGCGAAAGUAUUCACGGCUAUCACCAAUCUUAUCAAGUGA